CUCUGCUUCCCCACAAAUAAGCAAUUCCCCUUCCAUUUGUUUAUUGAUGGGCUCUUACGACACGGCAAACUCGCAAGGAGCAAUCUAUUUCUCUAGAUAACAUUCUUAAUCUGCUGUAUUCUUUACGCCGUGACUUCGAAACAGUUAAGUUUUUUGCCCCUGAAUUUCCCCGAAAAAUUCAGAAGCAGCAACACUGGCAGCUCUAUACGCGAUUUACAUUGCCCGUUCUGUGAAAUUUACAAAUAUAAGUUUAAAGAAUUUUUUCCAUGUCGAGUAUGUUUGAGACGUCCCACACCUGUAAUGACGAAUGGAAACUUUGGUGUCGUCUCUGCGCUAAAGAGGAUACCCGGAACAUUAAUGUGUUCUCAGAAGAUAAUCAAACACCAGCGCCCGUAAUGUCUACUUGUAGCCAUGGUAAACUUCUUGGCUUCAUAGAGGAGUUCUUUCGAGUUCGCAUUGAACAGAACGAAGAUUUACCGCAUUGGCUUUGUGCACAGUGCUUUUCACUGAUUUCAACCUUGGCUAAAUUUUUUGAGCAUGUCAGAAAUGUACAAGAUAUGUACGAUGCUAUUCAACAUUCUGAAGACCGUAAAACAUUGGAUUUGCAAGUAUUUCGAGAGAAAUAUAACUUGCUUGGAAAUGAGUUACCAAUGUUUAAUUUAUUGGAUACCAAAUCGACCGUUGAAAAUAUUUUAGUCGAGCCGGAUAUAAUGGUACAAAAAUCAUUAGAUAAUAUUGUGAAAAGUGAAAUAAUAUCGGAUGAAGUGCAAAGCGGAGUAUUUUGCAAUGAGUUCGAAUACAAAAGUGAAUUCCAGGAUCCUCUUGGUGAUGCAGUUGAAAACACUAGUACCGAAGUAAAAAGCGGUAAUUAUACAAACAACCGUAAAGAAGACAUUAAUAUUAAAGUAGAUGAAGAUGAGUCGAUUGAUAAAGACGAGACGAUUGAUAAUCAUAAUGAACGGCAUAGUACAAGAAAGCUUAAAAAGAAACUCAAAACGAGGUCACGUAGUUCUGUGGAAGAAUCAACGGAACCCAAAUACUUCUGUGGCGACUGCUCGAUGCAGUUCCAACGCAUUGGCAACUAUCGUAUACAUUUGAAGAAAAAACAUGGAAGGGAUUUGGAACCGUUGAAAUGUCCUAAAUGCAGUAGAUCCUUCGUUAGUAGAUUUAAACUAGAUCGUCACAUAAAAACACACCUUCCACUGUCGGAGAAGCGUAUCUUUCCAUGUCCACAAUGUGAUCGAAAAUUCCAAACAAAAGACUAUGUGGCCACACAUAUAAAGUUUGUGCACGAAGAUAUUCGUCCGUUUAUCUGUGAAGAAUGCGGGGAAGGUACACGCACUGAAGCUGCACUUCGCGAGCAUAUGCUCACACACACUGACCUUACGCCUUUUGAAUGUGAAGUAUGUAAGAAAGCUUUUAAAAAUGAGUCCCGUCUAAAGAAUCAUAUGGAGAUACAUAGUCCCAGUAAACAUAUCUGCAGUGAAUGUGGCUUACAACUAAACUCACGCGUAACUUUGAAUCGUCACAUGCUUGUGCAUUCUGAUGUAAUGCGCCACAAAUGUGAUUAUUGUGGGCGUGCUUUUAAACGUGCAAAGACCUUGAAAACUCAUUUAAUACUCCAUAGCGGUCUGAAACCAUACUCCUGUGAAUUCUGUGACAAGACUUUUACUAAUGGUUCGAAUUGCCGUACUCACAUGAAAAGGGCACAUACUGAGGAUUUAGCAGCCUUAGAGGCGUCUGGUGAAAAAACUUACACGAAAAACAUACCGAAAUUGGCGGUAUUGAAGAGAGUAACGCGAUCAGCAGAAAAUCUUAUUCCAGUUGUCACCAAACAGAGCGGUAAUUUUUCGUUAGGUAGAAAACCAAAGAUUCCUCUUGAUUGUACUACUGGCACAAAACAGUCGGUUUCGCCGGCAGCAGUAGAUACUACAUUUGAAACUAAAGACGGCGGCAACUUAUCAACGAAGAACAGCAUGCCAUCGUGGCUUUGUUAAACAGUCGUCCACCAAAAUGUUUUUCGAACUAAUUUUAUUCGCACUUUCGACUCUCUUCAUUUGGGAAUACUUUUUCAAAAAGCAUCG